AUGUUCCGUCGAAAGGAAGCUACUAUGGCGCCUGAUCACCAAUAUGAAGCCAACCUCAAGAAGCUUGGCUUCUUCGUCAACGAUGUCGGCCAAGUUCGCAUGGUCGGAGCGCCAGCAAAAGACUUUGUCUACUACUCUACCAACGACGAUCGUGUCAAUGAAGUGCGGCGAGAGGCCAUGUGGGGUAAGAGAGACCAGAACUGCAUGUGUCAAGAGACAGAGAAGCGUGUAUCCGCCCUAGGCAUCAACCGCAUCUAUCUUCCCGACUUCACCACGGUCAAGCCUAAGGGCAAGGCCGUGCCGAUCCUGGCGCCUUCGCCUGAGAUCCUCAAGACCCGCAAGCGCGUUAUCGUCAUCGUCAACGACGCCGUGCAGGACCUUGGUGUUCUAGCCUAUCGACACAUGCAGCGUGAUCUUGGUUUGAACGGCGGCUCCGUGGUGAAUUUUAUCAAAGAGAUCGUCAAGCGAUCGGCUACUGGGGCUGAAGCUGCAAAGUACGACAACAUCUUCAAGGAUGGCUUCAGGCUGGAGGAUGACAACAACACCCCCGCUCUGGUGGUCAUGAACACUGGACAGCUGCUAUACUCCCACAAGUACGAGAAGGCCAUGACCAUGCGCAGCUGGUCCGCAAUGCCGCGCAAGUCUGUAUCACACGACAUGAUCAGGAUCCAUGACGUGGAGAACCGCAUUGAAGGUCACCGCGACCCGAGAGAGCACGUUAUGUCCGUCUUCGACAACAUCAUCUGUGACCCUGACCGGAUUGCACCCGAUGCUGAGGUGUACGUCAUUGCAAUCGAGGGUGGAUCAGAGUAUAUGUUGAAUCUGCUUGAGAGAGACUUCAAGAAAUACGCCGGCCGUGUCACCGCCAUGGCACUGGUCCAUUCUCUCGUUGAUGAUCUGCAGGUCAAGGACCCCAACAUCCGAGCCUUUCUCUGCCGGCGUGCCUGUGAGUGGAGGUACUCGGAUCUCAGCAUCAGUCCGAAAGACUGCAUGGAGCUGCCUAAAGGCUACAGUCCACGCCAAGACACACCAUCCAAUACCCAGGUCACUCACCACAUCGAUUGGAACGAAAAGGUUCCUAAAACCAGCGUCUUGGCUACCAUUACCAACGCCCUCCACAGUCUCGUGGUCGACACGGCUUUGUCAAAGGAAGUCGAAGACGCUCCUGUUGACUCGUCUGCCUCUGAUAGCUGGUCAAACAGUAUAGCACCUACCUGCCCUACCUUUGCAGGCGGCCGCGACUCCGCUGGCGAGUGUAUCCUCACCGACUUUGCCGUGCAGCAUGCUAUCCUCGAAUUCUUCGAACAAGUCGCCCAAGACCCCUCCAACUACAGCAACCCCAACUUCAAGCCCUACACUGCUGUUCCCCAACCCUCUCUUGAUAAUCCCCUCGCGCUCGACCCAGACGACCCGUACGUUGCUGACUUCCUGUCACUUCCACCCGAGAUGUCCCCCGAACAGGCCGAGCUCGACAUGGCGAGGGAGCAACUUGAACAGAUGAAAUUCGCGCUUAGCGUUACUCCCACAAGCAAUCCUGAGUUGCAGGAAGGUCGCACUAAGCUCGCCGAGCGCAUCGCCAGGCAGGAGACUAAGGUUGAGAAGAUGAAGAUGCAGGCUCUUGCUACCGGCGGCUUGAAGGCGGAGGAAGCGACCGAGCUGCGCGACAACUGGAAGCCGCAGGCGGAAGGCGAUAAGGUUGAGUUUGCGGGUGCCCAUGUCAGUAGCAAUUUGCUGAAGAUGGCGGGUCUGAUGGGCGAGAAUGAGGAGGGGACAGAUAAGCAAGAGGGUGGGAGCGCUUGGUGUGCUUAA